GUGAGAAUGACGCUUGGCACAGCGCUGCUUCUGCUCAUCUGUAUCCUGAUCUGUGGAUAUUACUACCUGAGACACCACUAUGCCUAUUGGAUAGUGCGCGGCGUGCCUGAGCUGCGUUCUCGGCUGUUUGUGGGCAACCUGGGCGGGCUGCUGAGCAUGCGUAGCAGUCCGGCGGAUUUCAUUGGCGAGAUGUACAAUCAUCCGGAUGCGCAGGAUAAGCCCUUUGUGGGCAUUCAUGUGUUCUAUAAGCCAGCGCUGCUCCUGCGCGAUCCGGAGCUGAUCAAGCGAAUCAUGGUCAAGGACUUUGCGAAGUUCAGCAAUCGCUACUCGAAUUCGGAUUACAAAGGCGAUCCGUUGGGCUCGCAGAAUAUAUUCUUUCUGAAGAAUCCGGCCUGGAAGGAGGUGCGCCUGAAGCUGUCGCCAUUCUUCACCAGCAAUCGGCUGAAGAACAUGUAUCCGCUGAUCGAUGAGGUCGGCCGCAAUCUGGAUGCGUAUCUCCGCCAGCAGCCGCUGCACAAUGAACGGAUGCGCUGCUUCGAUCUGGAGGCCAAGGAGCUGUGCGCUCUCUUCACCACGGAUGUGAUUGCCACGGUGGCCUACGGCAUCCAGGCGAACAGUUUCACCCAUCCGAAUGGCGAGUUCCGUCGACACGGCCGGGCGGUCUUUCAGUUCAGCCUGAAGCGUGCGGCUGAGUUCACGUUGGUCUUCUUCUUGCCACAGCUGGUGCCCUACUUCGGCUUCAAGGUGGUGCCCGCUGAGUCCGCCAAAUUCCUGCGCGACACCAUCACCUAUGUCAUGGCAGAGCGCGAGAAGUCCCAGAAGACCCGCAACGAUCUAAUCGAUCUGCUAAUUGACUUCAAGCGCAGCACUCGGGACUCCAAAUUCGUGUUCGAUGGCGACAUUCUGGUGGCCCAGGCUGUGCUCUUCUUUACCGCCGGCUUCGAGUCCUCCUCGUCGACCAUGGCCUUCGCCAUGUACGAGCUGGCCAAGCAUCCGGAGGUGCAGCAGCGCCUGAGAGCUGAGAUCAAACAGGCUCUCAUUGCCAGCGGAGGCUGUGUCAACCAGCAGCUGAUCGAGUCCCUGGAAUAUAUGCAAAUGAUACUGCAGGAGGUGCUACGCAUGUAUCCUCCACUGCCCUUUCUCGAUCGCGAGUGCACCAGCGACGAGGGCUACUCCCUGGCGCCCUUCCACAAGUUCUGCGUGCCCAAGGGCAUGCCCGUGUAUAUACCAGCUUACGCCUUGCAUAUUGAUCCGCAGUACUACCCACAGCCGAGGCAAUUUCAGCCGGAACGCUUCUCCUCGAGCAACCGGAAGCAGCAUAUUCCGUAUACGUACAUGCCCUUUGGCCUGGGUCCGCAUGGAUGCAUUGGCGAGCGCUAUGGCUACCUGCAGGCAAAGGUGGGCUUGGUCUAUGUGUUGCGCAAUCAUUUGGUAACAACAUCGGAGCGAACACCGCGUCGCAUGAAACUGGACGCGAAGGCAAUAAUACUACAGGCCGAUGGGGGCAUCAAUUUGAGACUUGUGCGCGAUCCCCUGGGCGUUUGAAUAGAACUCACUUGAACUUCAGAAAUGGGGAAAACUCGCUGGAUAGUAGUCGUAUAGUUCACCUGUCAGCAACUCACGUAGCACUAAGCUUUCAUUUCGCGUGUCUUCGCAUUUUAAAUUGUUCAAGACGAGCAUUCGAACUUCAAAAUGCAUUUUGAUUGCCUCCGAUACUUGCGUGUCGCUGCGAAAGUUGCGAGAGGUGCAACUGAUAAUCAAAUCAUACUACUGCGACACUCUACAAAUCUCCAAAUUAAUAAGGGCCGACCUUUGCUCAAAUUGUCAUUGGUGCAAAAAAAAAAAAA